AUGAGACCACUGAUUUUGGUGUCGACCAUAAAUUCUCGCCACUGGAACACAUGCUACUUACAGCUGCUGUCUUCUGACAGCACGAGGCCGAGCAUCGUGGAAAGGUAUAAGAAGGUCUGCAUGAAUGACGUCGUUACGUACGUGCACGGGCAGGAGUCGCACCGGCUGCAACGGUCGCCAAUGGCAGGUGAGAGGCCUGACACCGCGAUGGAGCCCGGCUCCGCCGCGCUCGAGCCGCGCGCGCCGCAGCGCGUGAUGAUCACACGCAUGGUGCUCGACAACUUCAAGUCGUACGCCGGCCCCAUCACCAUCGGCCCCUUUGACGCCAACAUGACGUCGGUCGUCGGCCCGAACGGCAGCGGCAAGUCGAAUGUGAUCGACGCGAUGCUGUUCGUCUUUGGCUUCCGCGCCAACAAGAUGCGACAGGGCAAGCUCUCCGAGCUGAUCCACUCCUCCUCGCGGCACCCGAACCUGCAGUACACCAAGGUCUCGGUCCACUUCCGCGACGUCGUCGACCUGCCGGACGGCACGGUGCAGCCCGUCGAGGGCACCGAGCUCGUCGUGGCGCGCGAGGCGAAGCAGGACAACAGCUCGACCUACUGGGUCAACGGCAAGCGCGCGGGGCGCGAGGAAGUGGUGACGCUGCUCAAGCGGCGCGGCAUCGACCUCGACCACAACCGGUUCCUCAUCCUGCAGGGCGAGGUCGAGCAGAUCGCGAUGAUGAAGCCGAAGGCGCCGAGCGCGCACGAGGACGGGCUGCUCGAGUACCUGGAGGACAUCAUCGGCUCGAACCGCCUCAAGGAGCCCAUCGCCGAGGCGCAGACGCAGGUCGAGACGCUCAACGAGUCGCGCGCGGCCCGGCUGAAUGCGCUCAAGUCGGCGAUGCAGCUCGAGGCGGCCGCCGCGCAGCGGGCCGCCCUCGAGAAGCGGCUCGACAGCGCGCGCGCGGCGAGCCAGCCGAGCGAGGCGGAGGUGGCGCGGCUGGCCGAGCUCGCAAAGGAGAUCAAGGCGCUGGGCAAGCGCGUGGGCGAGGGCGAGAAGAAGGUUGGCGCGGCGGACGCGACGCUCGCGAGCCUGCAGGAGCAGGUCCUCGCCGUCGGCGGCAUCAAGCUGCGCGCGCAAAAGAGCAAGGUGGAGACGCUCGGAGAGCAAGCGGUCACCAAGGCGGAGGUGGGUCUCGAGAGCAAGACCGCCGCGCAGGCCAAGCUCGAGGCGUCGCUCAGCAAGCAGCAGGCCGCGGCGGAGGGCCUCGAGCGGCAGGCGAUGCAGCUCGAGGCGGCCGCCGCGCAGCGGGCCGCCCUCGAGAAGCGGCUCGACAGCGCGCGCGCGGCGAGCCAGCCGAGCGAGGCGGAGGUGGCGCGGCUGGCCGAGCUCGCAAAGGAGAUCAAGGCGCUGGGCAAGCGCGUGGGCGAGGGCGAGAAGAAGGUUGGCGCGGCGGACGCGACGCUCGCGAGCCUGCAGGAGCAGGUCCUCGCCGUCGGCGGCAUCAAGCUGCGCGCGCAAAAGAGCAAGGUGGAGACGCUCGGAGAGCAAGCGGUCACCAAGGCGGAGGUGGGUCUCGAGAGCAAGACCGCCGCGCAGGCCAAGCUCGAGGCGUCGCUCAGCAAGCAGCAGGCCGCGGCGGAGGGCCUCGAGCGGCAGAUCGACGCGGCCCUCGACUUCCGCAACGUGUCCAUCGUCGGCAACUACAUCAAGGAGCGGACGCGCAACGCCCAGUUCGUCAUCAUCUCGCUGCGCAACAACAUGCUGGUCGGCAUCUACAAGACCAAGGACUGCACCAAGAGCGUCGCGAUCAACCCGGGCGCCUUCACGAUCAGCGCGCGGGCCUAG